GGCUUCUCUUCUCCUUUCCAACAUUUCAAACACCUCCUCUUCUCUCAGUCUUAUCAUCAUAAUCCUUGGCCCCCUCCCCCUUUCCCUACCCACUCCUAACCAGAGUUCUGUAGUCUUCCCAAUGGAUAGAGUUGGGAAGAACUCAGAUCUUCCUCCUGGGUUUAGGUUUCAUCCAACUGAUGAGGAACUCAUCAUGUACUACCUUAGAAAUCAAACAAUGUCAAGGCCAUGUCCAGUAUCAAAUUUGAUACCAGAAAUUGAGAUUUAUAAAUUUGACCCAUGGGAGUUACCUGAGAAGGCAGAUUUUGGGGAGAAAGAAUGGUAUUUCUUUAGCCCACGAGAUAGGAAGUAUCCUAAUGGGAUCCGGCCCAACCGGGCUACAGGUUCUGGUUAUUGGAAGGCAACUGGUACAGAUAAGGCCAUCUAUAGUGGAUCUCAGUAUGUUGGUGUGAAGAAAGCUCUGGUGUUCUACAAAGGUCGCCCACCUAAAGGUUUAAAGACAGAUUGGAUCAUGCAUGAGUACCGGUUGGGUGAUCCAAGCAGGAGACCUAACAAGUUGCAGGUUGGUUCCAUGAGGUUGGAUGACUGGGUCUUGUGCAGAAUCUAUAAGAAGAGGUAUUUGAGCAGAUCAACAGUUGAGGAGCAGAAAGAAGAAGAAGAAGAAGAUGAUGAGGAGGAAACCCAGAUGAUUACCAAAUCUUUAGGUGGGAAUGGAGAAGAAAGAUCAUCAGUAGUACUACCAAGGACCUUUUCGAUUGGUCAUUUAAUGGAUGUGGACUAUCUCUCUCUCUACUCUCAGCUGUUAGGUGAGAAUCCAGUAGUAAUUGGUUCAAUCGGCGGCGCCGAUCAUGAUCAGUUCCAAACCACCGGAAACAAUGGUGGCGGCGGCGGCAAUAACAUUUCCGACGAUAAACUUCAAUCCUCCUAUGAGCUGAUGACAUACCAAAACGGAAAUACUUCAACAAAGUUGUUCCAAGGCCCAUACAAGUGAACCCGGUUUUCCAAUAUUUCACUUCUUAUUAUAAGAAAAGUCAAUAGUGGGCCCGGGGGAUUAGUGUGGUUAAAUAGAUAAAUAAUUAUAGUAGAUGAUGAUGAGCUUAAAUUAGUUUGGUUGAAUAUUCAUAAAAAAUAGUUUACAUUGAAGAGUCAUGUGAAAUCAAUUUAUAUGGAAGAGGUGGAUGGAUUUAGCAUCAAG